GCGUUUACAUCCGAUAUUAUCGAAUGUUCGUAAACUAUUACACUUUAUCGCUCGUCUUUUAGAUAACACUACAUCAUCGCCCAUUUCCUAUAUAUAUUUUUCUCCCCAAACAAAACUCUUCUUCAAUCUAGCUUCAUGCAUCUUUACUUAGACAAUCAAAAUCAUUCCGAUUCCACCCUUCCAACAAACCCUAAAGACAAGAAAAUAAAACACAAAAAGAGAGAAUAUUUUACAAAUUUUACAAAUUUUCAACUUCCAAUACCACAAUUUUCUACAUUAUCCUCGUCCCCAAAAACCAAAACAUUAAGAUUUCCCAAAACUCAAGAAAAAAAAAGUAAAAGAAGAGGGGAAAAGAGAAAAUAACAAGAAGGGACAGUGAGGUCCUUUUACCGCGGGAUUCCCAACGACUUUUUCAUAAUAUCAGUGCGUUUUUUAGCCAUUGGAAAAACCAACUUUUUUUCCUCUUCCCGUAUUUUCAUGCAUAAACUUUACAGAAUCUCAAUCCCAAAUUCCGUGCCUCCCUUUGAUUUCUCCGCUUUUUUUCAUUUACUUUCUACUAAAAUCACUACUUCUUGUGGAAAAAAGUAAGAAAAUUAAACUCCCUUUGAUCAAUCGUCAUUUCUGCUCUGAAAAUCAGUGGGUUUGUACUAAAUUCAUGAUACCCAGCAGGGCUGGGGCGGUGGUGAGUGAGGCGAGGAGAGAGAUAGAGACGGUGGUUGUUGUGUUUUGGAGGACAAAAGAAAUGGUGGUGAUUAAGUUGAUAUUAAUGAUUGAUUUAUUUAUUAGAGUGAUUUUGAUAUACUAAUGGUGGAUAGAGGAAUGCUCUGUUUUCUCUGUCCUCUUCUCGACAACCUAGCCUCUACCACCACCGCCUCGCACCACCGCUACCACCACCCACCAACUAUCCACUACAGCCUUCUAAUCACCACUCCCCCGCCCGUGCUUGAUGGCAGUAACUCAAAUUGAAUUUCUUCGACUGACCGGUGAAGUGUGGACUUAAGAGUGAAGGAGCUUCUCUGCUGUGCUGACAUUGCCUUGUGGUCCUCGUUUUAAGCAUAUCAAGGGCACACAAUGAGAAAAAGAAGUCUUCAUCUGUCUUUACAUCCUUUCGAUGAACUUCCCUUUGAGGUAUUUUAUCAAGGUCUAUGGAAAAGUGUGGAGCGUUUAAGAAUCAUUAACGGGGCAAUAAACUUUAACUUCUUGGACCAUGGAUAUUUAUUCGAGGAAAAGAGUUUCCUUUCUACCUUAAGGCUACGGCCAAGAAGAGCAACUAUGACGGACUGUACCUGUGUACUAAGACCUGGUGCUGAUGUUUCUGUGUUUUCAACGCCUGAUAAUGCGGAAGAAUCAUCUGAACAAUCCCCUACAGGAUGGUUUGAUGCAAGAAUAGCUUCCGUUGAGAGGACACCGCAUGAAUGUGAAUGCAACUGCAAGUUUUACGUGAAAUUCUACUACAUCAGUGACAGUGCUGGAACAGACAGAAAAAAACUAGGCAAGGAAAUUCAGACUGUUGGGAUUGAUCAGAUAUCUGUGUUUCAAGUUCUAGAGCAAAAGCCUUCGGAAAAUACACAUUACAGGUGGCACCUGGCGGAAGACUGCACUUCAUUGUCAAGGACUAAGUUAUUUCUAUCCAAGUUUGCUUCUGAUAUUUCUUGGCUUCUUGUGGCAUCCGUUCAGAAGCAGACUUCAUUCGACGUAAGAGCAAUAGAAAGGAAAAUAGUGUAUCAAAUAUUGGACACAAGUUUCAGCCCUUACUCAACUUCUGUCCAUCUAAGUGGUGUCAAUUUCAGGACAGAUGGCGAAAUCAUGUUCUCAACUGUUUUCCCGUUUGUUCCGGCAGACAAUCAAGUACUGCCACUUGUCCAUGAGGCGGAGGAGGAGGAAGAUCCACUUGCAAGAUAUGAGCUUACGGAGUUGAGGCGAUCAAAACGUAGGAAUGUUCAGCCUGAGAGAUACUUGGGUGAGAUUGGUCUUGAGGUGACUGAUACUACAUCACUCAGAAUAGGGUACAAGUUUUGGAAUCAGGAUGACUUGGCCAUUGUGCUUGUAAAUAAUGAAGAUGAUGAUAUUAUUACUGGUCGUCCUGUUUUAGAAGAAGAUCCUGAUAAUCCGGAUUUUGAACAUGCUAUUGAGAUAUAUUCGGGAGAUUCUCGUCACAUUGGAGAAGAGAAUCUGAUUAGGAGCGAGGGAGAGAGUAUGGAUGAAGACGGACUACUAUUACUGCGGAAGCGGAAAUAUGUCAAAAGAAACAAAGGAAAGAAUGUUGAAAACAUUCAAGGAGAGAAUCAACUUGCUAUUGUUCCUCUUCAUGAUGAAAGCAAUCAAAUGCCCCGUGAACAAAGUCAUCUCCUUAAUGAGAUCCGACCAAAUCCUCUCGAUAUUGAUGAUGAUAACGUCCCCUUAAAAUUCUACCAGAGAAGAUUUAGAGAGCGGAGAGGAACAGCCGCAGCUGGACGCACCAAGAAGAUCUCAGAAUUAGAUGAUUUUGAUAAUGAACCAUCACGUGGAAGAAGGAGCAUGAAUAAUAAACAAUAUGACAAGUUUAGGCAUCGGGCAUUUGCUUCUUCUAGAAGCGAUAAGCGAUCUGAGGAUCCUUCGAGAAAAAAGAAACCAUUGGAUAUUUCUGCAUACAAAGACCUUAUAUCAACUUACAUGAAGAACAUACAGUUGACAAUAGAGAAUAAACAGCCAAUUUCUACUGAUGCAUGGAAAAAUCUUCAAGGAGCAUCGUCUAUGUAUGAGAAGAAGGCUGCUGAUGAAGCUCGACCCCCUGAGGAGGAAGAAGAAGAGGAAGAGUCCGAAACUGAGAUGUUGUUUAAAGAAAUGGAUCUUUGUUUGGCUUCAGCUUAUUUUGAAGAGAAUUCAAAAGCUGAAGAUGUUGAUGAAUCAACAGAGAAGUUCUUCAAAAAUGAUGGCUCUUGUCAGCAUGUGUACACCAUAGAUGAUGAGAUCGGGAUUCUAUGCCGGUUAUGUGGAUAUGUAAUCACUGAAAUCAGAGAUGUUACACCAGAAUUUAUGCGACCAUCAGGAUUUACAGCAAAACAUGACAGAAAUGAUAAGACUGAAAAGGAUGAUACGGAGCACAAGUUGCUAGAUGAGGCGUGUGCUGAUCUUGUCUACAAUCCUGCUUCCUAUGAAACUCUUGUGUCUGAAUCAAACGACAAUGUGUGGGGUCUAAUCCCGAGUAUAAAGAAGAAAUUACAUGAUCAUCAGAAAAAGGCAUUUGAGUUCCUUUGGAGAAAUCUUGCAGGGUCGUUGAUACCUUCAGAAAUGGAACCGGCAGGCAAGAAAGUGGGCGGUUGUGUAAUUUCUCACGCUCCUGGUGCCGGGAAAACCUUUCUUAUCAUUGCAUUCCUUGUAAGUUACUUGAAGCUAUUCCCGGGAAAGAGACCUUUAGUUCUUGCACCGAAAACAACGCUUUAUACAUGGUAUAAGGAAAUUAUAAAGUGGGAAUUUCCUGUCCCGGUGUAUCAAAUACAUGGCCGAAGAACGUAUAGAGAUAGGAUUUACAUGCAAAAAGUUGGAACUGCCUCAUCAACUGUCGUUCCAAACGGAGAUAUCAUGCAUGUUCUUGAUUGCUUGGAGAAAAUACAGAAGUGGCAUGCUCACCCUAGUGUGCUUCUCAUGGGUUACACCUCGUUUUUGUCCCUCAUGCGAGAAGACUCAAAGUACGCUCAUCGUAGGUAUAUGGGUCAAAUUCUUAGGGAAAGUCCCGGGAUUUUAAUACUUGAUGAAGGGCACAACCCGAGAAGCACAAAGUCCAGGCUGAGGAAAGCUUUAAUGAGAGUCGACACAGAAUUCAGAAUUUUGCUCUCGGGAACUUUGUUUCAGAACAACUUUGGUGAGUAUUUCAACACCCUUUGCUUGGCUAGGCCGAAGUUUGUCGACGAGGUGCUUCGGGUACUCGACCCGAAGUACAAGAAGAAAAUAAAGGGGCAGAAUAAAACGCGAACUUCCAUUGAAAACCGAGCCAGGAAGGUAUUCAUGGAUAUCAUUGCAAAGAAGAUUAACUCAAAUGAAACAGGAGAAAGAGCUGAUGGACUAAACAUGUUGAAGAACAUGACGAAUAAGUUUAUCGAUGUAUAUGAAGGUGGGGGCUCAGAAAACUUGCCGGGUCUUCAGCAUUAUACCCUAAUGAUGAAGCCAACUCCUUUGCAGCAUGAAAUCCUAGUGAAACUUCACAAGUUCAUGAAUGUGGCUCGAGGUUUUCCUUUAGAGCUCGAGCUCAUGAUCACCCUUGGAUCAAUCCAUCCAUGGUUGAUUAAAUCUGCUGUUUGCGCAGGAAAGUUCUUAAGCUCGGAGGAGCUACAAAGUCUAGACCAGUUUAGGCUAGACCCUACAAAAGGGUCGAAGGUGAAAUUCGUCCUUGGACUUGUUCAAAGGUCUAUAAUAAGGAGAGAAAAAGUUUUGAUCUUUUGCCAUAACAUCGCACCUAUCAACCUUUUCCUUGAACUUUUCGAGAGGAUAUAUGGUUGGAGAAAAGGUAACGAGGUUCUCGUACUUCAAGGAGACCUCGAGCUCUUUGAGAGAGGAAGAGUAAUGGACAAAUUCGAGGAACGUGGUGGGCCGUCAAAGGUGUUACUCGCUUCAAUCAAUGCUUGUGCUGAAGGUAUUACUUUGACAGCUGCCUCUAGGGUGGUGUUGUUGGACUCUGAAUGGAACCCCUCGAAGCAAAAACAGGCCAUUGCUCGGGCUUUUAGGCCCGGUCAAGAGAAGGUGGUGUAUGUUUAUCAGCUGUUGGUUAAUGGUACAUUGGAGGAAGAUAAGCAUGGUAGAACAACAUGGAAAGAAUGGGUUUCUUGUAUGAUAUUUAGUGAAGAACAUGUGGAUGAUCCUUCAAAAUGGCAAGCGGAGAAGAUCGAAGACGCUUUGUUGAGAGAAAUUGUGGAGGAAGAUCAUGCUAAGUCUUUCCAUAUGAUUAUGAAGAAUGAAAAGGCUUCUUAUGAGAAUCCUUUGAAGGUGAUCAAUGAGUAAUGAAUCAGACCCUCCAGAAAUUGUAAAAUAAUUGUGUAAGAAAAUCAGGAGGAUGAUCAUUGAUGUUGGCAUUGGAUCGAAGCAGGAAUGCCAGAUCGUUGAUGUUCUCAUUCGGUCAAGUAAGAAUGUAAAAGAUGAUUCUUAUUACUAACUAAUUGGAUUCAAAUUCUGCAUUUUCCUUGUAACUCAUGUAGCAGAGUUUGUGGAUCCUGAGUGUAGUCUAAAACUGAUGCAUGUAGACGGCGUACGUACUCCCUCCAUUCAAAGUUAACGGUCUCUUAAGGUUGUGCAUAAAUAACUGACAUGCUACUUAUUACUCCGUAUGUAUCUGAACUUAUCUGAUCUUAUUUUAAUUGCGAAGUACUACCCUUUAUUUGAA